GAGAGCCCUGGGUCAUGGCUCCCUUUGCACUGACCACAGGGAGGACCUUUUGAAAUACAAGAAAAGAAGAAGCAAGACUGAUAAAGGAAGUGACGGUCGCCAUGGGGGUGGGCAAGUUUGGGGAAGGCUGCCACCCCCCUCGGUCCUCUGAAGGAGCCUGGUCCUCCCUCUCCUGGGGACCACACUCUCCCCAGCAGCCACCCCAGAGGCCUCUCCUCCGGCCUCGAGGGCUCUGCUUGUCUUCUCAUCCCCGGGAGGAGAGUGAGGCCAUGGGGCUGCCCCUGCUGCUGCCCCUGCUGCUGCUGCUGCUGCUGUUGCUGCUGCUGCUGCCACCGGCAUCUCUGCAGGGUGAUCACUGGGCACAACCCAAAGCACUCUUUCACUUUGGGAUGAACCAGCAGAAACAACUCUCAGCCCCUGAGGGUGGCUCCAUCCGCAUCCCCUUCUCCUUCGACUACUCCCAGGACUCAGGCAGCGUUUCCAAUGUGAAAAUAUCCUGGAGAUGGAAACACUUCCAUGGGGAUUUCAUCUACAAAACGACCCCCCGACUCAUCCAUAAGAACUUCAAGAACCGACUCCUCCUGAACUGGGAAGAGGAUAUGAAGAACGGCUCCCUCCAGAUCUCGAACCUGCGGAGGGAGGACGAGGGUUCGUACUUCUGCCAAGUGGAGAUGAUCACAGAGAAAUACGGUGAACAGAAGUGGCAGUCCAUCCAGGGGACCGAGCUCACGAUCACACACGCUGCCAAGACGGCCACCCCGGGCCCCACCACUUCUGCCAGCACCGCGGCCACCACUGCAGCUGACCUCUGGGACCUGGAGGGGAAAAGGAGUUCAGGGUCUUGGCUCCUGAAUAAGGAAGCAGUGGUCAGGUUGGCCCUGCCCAGCGCUGUGCUCAAGAUCGCAAUUUUGGGACUGAUGGUCUUCCUCAGGUGGAAGAGAAGCAAAGGUCUGCAGACUAAAGCCAGAACCCCCGCCAGUCAGUCCAGGAGGUCACAGAGCCCCCCACAAGGAGAACCAGCCCCAGGUGGGUGUGAACUCUGUCCUGCCCAGCCUCUAACCCAUCACCCACCCUCCUGUUCCCAUGCAGAGGAUCCUUCCAGAAUCUGGAGGAGAAAUACGAGAACAUUGGGAACAAAGAGCAACAGACAGACCCCAAGGAGUGUCAUAAGAGAAGCAGCUCAGACCUGGCCUGAAAUAUUACGGGGAAGUCUGGAGAAGAAUGAUGGCAUCCUCUAUGCCCCCCUCACCCUUCACAACGUGCCCUCACCGGCCGCACCUCCAUGCCCUCCCGCCCACGGGGGCCCCCAGGAAGAGACCCUGUUCUCUGCCCUGAAGACCUAAGGACUGGGACAAGUGAUGACAUCCUUAGGGUCAGCCGUGCACGGGGAUCUCACUUCCCCAUAAUCACAGCCACACAGACCGCUCCGAAGCCAGCAGGUGCCAAAGGCCACCAAGGACCUGAGCACCUACCUGCUCCAAUUCCUCUUCGACUGCCCAGCCCUUGACCACAUGAAUAAAAGUACCUGUGCGAUUUGCCCCACUGCAUCUAAGGAGAAAGUGGUGUCACCCGUAACUUCUGUCCCUCUGUCCAAAAAGGAACCAUAAUAUACAGCUCACACCCAGA